AUGGCGAUCGAAGAUCCAUCCAUUAUUAUGGUGAUUUUAGUAUUGCUCUCUAUUUUCUUUACUUUAAUCUACUUCACCACUAGGGUUCAUUGCACAUGCGAAAUCUGCCAUGCUUACAUUACCUCUAGUUGGUCAAUCCAAUUUGAUAAUCUCUGCGAUUGGUACACUCAUCUUCUCAAAAACUCACCUACAAAAACCAUACACAUACAUGUUCUUCACAACACCAUAACAUCCAACCAUCAAAGCGUAGAGUACAUGCUCAAAACCCAAUUCGAAAACUACCCAAAAGGGAAACCUUUCUCUGCCAUCUUAGGUGAUUUCUUGGGCAACGGCAUCUUCAACGUUGAUGGUGAUUCAUGGAGGUUUCAGAGAAAAAUGGCGUGUCUUGAACUUGGAAAGAUGUCAAUGAGAUCACAUGCUCUUGAAGUUGUUAAACAUGAGAUUGAUCGUAGGCUUAUACCUCUUGUUUCAUCAUUCUCCCAAAAACAAAAUGGGGUUUUGGAUUUACAAGAUGUUUUUCGAAGGUUUUCGUUUGAUGUAAUUUGUAAAUUUUCUUUCGGGUAUGACCCAAACUGUUUAGACAAGUCAUUACCCGUAUCCGAAUUGGCAAUGUCUUUUGAUCUGGCGUCAAAGCUAUCUGCUCAGAGAGCGAUGACUCCGUCACCAUUGGUGUGGAAGAUCAAAAGGAUCUUGAAUAUUGGAAGUGAAAAGAGACUUAAAGAAUCGAUCAAGAUGGUGAACACGUUUGCACAAGAAGUUAUUAGACAACGAAACAAAUUAGGAUCUUGUUCAACCCACGAAGAUCUUCUAUCAAGAUUCAUGGCUUCAACAAAAGAUCCCAACUACCUUCGAGACAUUGUCAUAAGCUUCCUGUUAGCCGGACGCGACACAGUUGCAUCCGCUCUAACCGGUUUAUUUUGGUUAUUAGCACAACACCCAGUGGUGAUAACAGCCAUCAGAGCCGAAGCUCUGAUGGGACCUCCUAAUGGGAAGUUGCAUGAACUCCACUACUUGCAAGCAGUGGUAUACGAGGGAAUGAGACUGUUCCCACCAAUCCAAUUCAAUUCCAAGUUUUGUCAAAAAGACGACACAUUUCCCGAUGGCACAUUCAUCAAGAAAGGCACUCGGGUCACAUACCACCCAUACGCUAUGGGUCGAAUGGAGACCAUUUGGGGUCCCGAUUGCUUAAGUUUCAAACCCGAAAGAUGGUUAAAAGAUGGUGUGUUUUAUCAAGAAACCCCUUUCAAGUACCCGGUCUUUCAAGCUGGACAUAGGAUGUGUUUAGGUAAAGAAAUGGCACUUGUGGAGAUAAAAAGUGUUGUUCUUUCUCUUCUACAACGGUUUGAUAUCGAAUUAGUGGUUCCUAUUUUAACGCCUCGGUUUUCGCCUGGGCUCACGGCGAACUUCACCGGUGGUCUACCGGUUCGGGUUAGUGAAAGGAGAGAUAGGAGAGAUAAGACGUAG